AUGGCGCUGACAGUGGAUGUGGUCGGGCCAGCACCCUGGGGCUUCCGCAUCACGGGGGGCAGGGAUUUCCACACGCCCAUCACGGUGACCAAGGUGACAGCGCGGGGCAAGGCGGAGGCCGCCGACCUCCGACCCGGUGAUAUCAUCAUGGCCAUCAAUGGGGAGAGCGCGGAGGGCAUGCUACACGCCGAGGCCCAGAGCAAGAUCCGCCAGAGCCCCUCGCCCCUGCGGCUGCAGCUGGACCGGUCUCGGGCUGCCUCUCACGGGCAGACUAAUGGGGACAGCUCCGUGGAAGUGCUGGCGACUCGCUUCCAGGGCUCUGUGAGGAUGCCCGCUGACAGCCAUUCACCCCUGAGGUCUUCCUGCUCCAGUCUGGCCUCCCUCAGCCCCCGGCCGGGCAGCCCCUUCUCUACCCCACCCCCCACCAGCCCCCUUGCUGGAGAAGGCGUGAUCAACCGCAGUUUCCAGAACCUGGCACACUCUCCAGGCCUCACCGUGGCUGACCGCCUGUCCUACGGGGGCCGCCCCGGGAGCCGACAGGCCGGCCUCGGCCGCGCUGGCGACUCGGCUGUGCUGGUGCUGCCGCCUUCCCCGGGCCCGCGUUCCUCCAGCCCCAGUGUGGACUCAGAAGGGAGAAGCCAACUUCUGGACGAGGACUCUGAAGUCUUCAAGAUGCUGCAGGAAAAUCGUGAGGGGCGGGUGGCCCCUCGGCAGUCCAGCUCCUUUCGGCUCUUGCAGGAAGCCCUGGAGGCUGAGGAGAGAGGAACCAGGCCGUACGCAUCCAGGAGGGCCGGUACCGCCACCCCGGCUGCUACACCUGUGCAGAUUGUGGGUUGAACCUGAAGAUGCGCGGGCACUUCUGGGUGGGUGACGAGCUGUACUGCGAGAAGCACGCCCGCCAGCGCUACUCGGCAGCCCCCACCCUCAGCUCUCGGGCCUGAGCCCAACAGCCCUCAGCCACCUUUCCUUCCAACCCAGAACCGUGCCCAUAGCAAGCUGGCAUGGCAGGGGCAGUGGCGGGUGGUGGCUCUUACCUGACUGAACUAAGUUUGGGGGCCUGGGGCCCCUUUGUCCUCGCUGGGUGAGGCCAGGGUCUGGGACCUCUCCUGGGUUGCAGGUGCUGAGGGCAGCCUCACCUUCCCGGGCCUCUCCCCCGUGGGACAGUCACUGCACCAGGGUGGGACACAGAGGACCUAGAAGGAGAGGGUGGGCCAGAGGUGAAUGGGACUCACUCUGUAAAGUUUUCGACAUAUACGCUCUAUGAAUGAUAUAAAUAUGGACAGAAUAAAGCGGAUGCUUGUCUUUCUCUCCUUUC